GUGUGUGUGUGUGUGUGUGUGUGUGUGUGUGUUAAAUGUAAUGAAGACAGGAGUGCCCCCCCCCUGUGGGAGGAUAAUGGUACGCUCCGUGUCUGUGGACUGCUUCGGUCCUCUCUGCUGCUGCUUCUGCUCUUUCUUCUUGGCUCGGCUGGAAGCGUGAGAGAUGGCAGGAGUGGGAGAAACGGGUUUAUGUCUGGGAACUACAACCUGAGUGAGUUUUCUGUGAAGAAAUUUGUUCCCUCAGUGAUUUAACCGUGUUUUUUGUUUGUUUGUUUCUUCUGGAAGAAUCUGUGAAAGCCUGAGGUCGGGAGGAGAACAGCAGAAGUUUUGUUGGAGAUGUAGACUUUUAACAAGGACUCCAUGAGGGCAGUUUUAUGGAGUUACGACUUGGAUCGGUUUGUAAGGAGGGAACUGCUGCAGGGAAACUUUUGUUCUCAGAAGAAGAAGACAGCAGCUUAUUGAAAACUGAUUCUUAAGAUGCGUCUGUUGAGGAGCUUGUGGAGCGGUUCUGACCACAGGGAGGACCCGGGAAGACUACACAAGUCCGGGACGAUGCAUUUCCUUUUCCUGCUGGCUGUCGUUGUGCCGUCCUACCUGUCCUGUCCGGACAGGUGCUUGUGCUCCUCACAGACUGUAAAAUGCCAAAACCAGGACUUGGACUCGAUUCCACAAUCCAUCCCGGCCAAUACCAAGCUCCUGUUCAUCACAGGAAACAACAUUUCCCACAUUAGUGAGGACUCUUUCCCAGCCCUGGACCUCCUCACAGAACUUUAUCUGAGUGGAAAUCAGAUGGAGUCUGUUGAUGCAAAGGCUUUCCAAAAUUUGCCAAAGCUAACCCGUCUUGACCUGAGUAAUAACAGGAUCCAGAAUUUUAGUGAAACAGCUUUCCCUGAAGGCAGUAAGCUGCAGGUCCUGAACCUCAGCAGGUCUUUAUACAAUCAUAAUUUCACCGAUGAGCUGCUGUCUUUCCUCCGCAGCUCCAACCUGUCUCAGCUCAGAAGCUUGGACUUGUCCAACAACGAUGUGGUGAGUCUGCCGGACGGCAUCUUCACGGCUCUCUCCAAACUGAUAAGCCUGAACUUACGGAACAGCUCCCUCCUCACGGUCCAGACCGGGGUCCUGUGGAACAGCUCCCUGCUGCAGGACCUGGACCUGAGGGACAACAGACUGAAGGACCUGCCCGUGGCCACGCUGCUGGACUUCAGCCUCAUACCUGACCUCCGCAUCCAGCUGGUGGGAAAUCCCUGGCGCUGCACCUGCUUCAGCGAGGACCUCCUGAGGUGGCUGAAGAACUCCACCCAGGUGGUGGACGUACAGAACCUGACCUGCAUGGCCCCGGAGACCCUGAAAGGCCGAGCCCUCCUGCAGGUGGAGCAGUCCCAGCUGAAGUGUCCGGGCGACUUGGACAGUGUGUUGGAGACGUCCUACGUCUUCCUGGGACUGGUGCUGGCCCUGAUCGGCCUCAUAUUCCUGCUGGUGCUCUACCUGAACAGGAAAGGCAUCAAGAGGUGGAUUUACAACAUCCGGGAUGCUUGUAGGGACCACAUGGAGGGCUAUCAAUACAGAUACGAGAUCAACUCUGACCCACGGUUGGCCAACCUGAGCAUCAAUUCAGAUGUAUGAGGAGAAUCUGGGGCUCCGUUCAGCACGUCUAAUGACUUUAUUCUCCUAAGAUUUGCAUGAAAGCCUUCCUGUUUCCCAGCAUCCCUUUAAUCACAUGUUGCAUCUCAGUGCUUCUUCAGAUCUUUUUCUUGACGUCCCUUUGAUGCAUGUCCUGCACAUGUACUGGGCAGCUAACGGUUUGCAUGGAUAAUGAACCCUAAAUCAGUUUUGGAGUCAAAUGUUUUUUAUUUUCUACGUCUCCUUCAGGAAAAAACUGAAGGCAUUCGUUACACUAGGUCCUAAAAACACUAACGAUCAUUGCAUCCUUCUCAUUCUGCCUCUGCCACAGACACAUGUUACACAGCUGGAGUUGAUCUUUUUUAAUAUGUGAAUAUGUAUCAUGCAUUGCCUUUUUGACUGAUUAUUACUCUGCAUAUAUUAGAUGGAUGUGAUUGCUCUUUUUGUGACAAUAUUUAGCUAAAUAAAAAGCCUCUGGAUUGCUGGUA